GCUGGUGAUUUUUUUUCUUUUUGUGGGUGUUUUUCUCUUAUACUUCCUUGAAUGAUGCAGCAAAUACAGAUGAGUGCUGGAGUUUGAACUCCAAAACAUUUUUCUUCAUCUUUUGCUAUAGGGUUUGAUAUUUAAAGACAGUUUCCUGCCUUUACCCUAUGGGGCGGAAGCGCGCGCGUCUCCAAAUUUACGCAUUUGGCACAGCUUCAUUCUGGCGGUGGCCCCUCCACUGUUGGAGUUUCUAUCGAGCACAGCAGUGAAGGAGUUAAGUCUGACUCCGCAUACCGCACCGAGCAGGUUUUUCUCUCUCUCCUCCCCCUCCUCCUCCUCCCAACUCCAUCCAUUUUUCACUGUGUGCGUGUCUGCGCGCACGGCUGUGCCAUAUGCGGGCUGCGUUUCUCUGCUUUACAGAUCUGUGGAUUUGUAAACAGUCGAAGUUUGGUGACAGAUCAGCAUUUCUCGACUCCUUUCACAGCUUUCAGACCCCCCAGCUCUCCUGUUCUUCCUCCUCCUACUCCUCUCUCCGACGGGAUAUGCGGAGAGGCGGGGACGUGUCCUUUCCCACCCAAUUCCUCCCCAAGUCGGGACCCUGCUGACGCGCUAUGGCAUGAAGGACCACAUAUUGUGAACUGAAGUUGGAAAUCGUUUUUUACGACUUGAACGGCUCAUCUUCUCCAAAAGCAGUGACUUGACCUGCCGUCUCUUUACCUGUGCUGUGCGUGAAACCCCACCGCCAUCAUGCAGACCUCAUCGAUCCGCCGCCAAAUGAAAAACAUGGUCAACAACUACACGGACGCUGAGAAAAAGGUCCGAGAGGCCACUUCCAAUGACCCCUGGGGACCAUCCGUCCCUCUCAUGACGGAAAUCUCAGACCUGACCUUCAACGUGGUGGCCUUCACCGACGUCAUGGGAAUAAUCUGGAAGAGGCUCAACGAUCACGGCAAAAACUGGCGCCACGUCCACAAGGCCCUGACGCUGCUGGAGCAUUUGGUGAAAACAGGCUCUGAGCGUGUGGUCAAAGCCUGCAAAGACAACAUACACACCAUUCAGACACUGAAGGACUUCCAGUACAUAGAUCGAGACGGACACGACCAGGGCGCCACUGUCAGGGAGAAGGCGAAGCGGUUGGUGUCUCUGCUGAAGGAUGAAGAGAAGCUGAAGAAGGAGCGAUCUCAUUCUUUGAAGGCCAAGUCGCGCUUGGCGGGGCUGUCCUGCCCCUUGGAUGCCCCCCUGCCCAGCCCAACUUUUAAUUCCGAUUUGCCACCAUCCUACCCAUCCCUCCCGUCUCGUCUGCCCCCAGACCUGGAACAAGCUCUUCCAACAAGCACUGUGGAAGAGGAGCGGCAGCUGCAGCUGGCCAUCGCUUUGAGCCAGCAAGACAGUAAAAAGUUGCCUGAAGAACCAAGACAGCAUCCUCCCGCAGUUCAAAUGGAUGAACAGACUCAACUUGAGAUGGCUUUGACUCUCAGCCAGAAAGAUGCCAAUAAGUCGGUGCAACGUCCACCAGCCUCUCAGCCAGUCCAACGUGCACCCCAAGUCUCCCCAGACCUGGAUGAGGACACCCAGCUCCAAUUAGCCAUGAGCCUGAGCAAGGAGGAACACCAGCAGGAGCAGCUCAGCCGCCGAGAAGAUGAGCUGAGGCUCCAGAAGGCUUUGGAGGAGAGCAAGCGUGACCUGGAAUCAAAAGGGGGGUCGGCCUUCAUGGACCUGGUAGAUGUUUUUGGGCAGCCGGCAGAUCCUCCUCCCAGUGACUACAAGUGGAAGAACACUUCACAAGCAGGUGCCAGCGCAAGGGGAGGAGUCCUCUGGGACGCUCUAGAUGGCCCCAGCGACCCUCGACCAGACUCUCCAUGGAUGGCACCACCACCUUCCUACAGCCCUCCACCGCCAUGGGAGCCUCCAUCCAAACCAUGGGAAACACCACAGAGCAGUGUCUCUAAACCGAGCAUCUCAAGCAAAAGUUGGGAUAUGCCUGCAAAUCCUGCCUCCCCACUUGAUGCAAAAGUACGAAAGGGAUCAGUGAAGGAGCAUCGUCCUCGAAGUGCAAGCCCCUCAGACGGCGAUUUAUUCGAUAAAGCAAUGGAUGGCGGUGACUUCGGUGUAAACGAUCGAGGGGAAGGAAGCCCGGAGCUUUUUGAUUUGUCUCGUCUUGGAGAAAGCCUGGGUGACCCCGCCCCUCGCAAAUGCCACACACCCGAGCAAUUCCUGGGCCCCUCUGCAGCCCCCUUGGUAGACCUGGACAAUCUGAUUCCACCAAACUCCACGGCUAUGCUCAGUAACCCCUUUUUGCCAGCUCCAGCCAACAAUCCAUUCCAAGCCGAACCGCCAAAGCUGUCUCUGAAUCAGAUGGGGAUUGGUUCCACGCCAGCAGCCCCCACUGCCCCAUCUCUUUCAUACAGCGCCUCCCUGCCUCUGCCUUUAAGCGAUCAAGGUCCGCUCAUGCCUUCAUCGUUCACUCACCCAACCCAAGCCAGUCCGUUUAUGCCAAGGACCCUCCCUGAACCCCUGUUGCCCUUCUCCUCACCCAAUCCUCAGGGACCUCAAGCUGCACAGAGCACUCAGAACCCUUUCUUGGAUUAACAUCCGUAAUGCAGACCAAAUCACAGCUCAAAGGACUUGUCUAAAAAGCCUACACUUGCUGUUUUGAUAUGGUUGUAAAGUUCAUUAACCAUUAGAUUGAUGCAAACUGGUUCAGCUUUCCAAUACGAGCUAUAGAAGACGGUUCUUUACCAGAACUUCUUUAUAGUCAGUCAUCUAUCCUGGACUUCAAUUACAAACUCCAAAAAAAGCACAUUUUUAUAAUAUUUUGUUGCAAACAAACUUAGAUGUCAAACAGUAUAUACACUUUUUGGAUCAUUUGAAAGAGUUGCUUAAGAGACUUUUUCAGUGCCUCAACUCAAUUUGCUAUUUUCAGCUUUUAUGGACAAGUCCUGAUGACUGGUGAAAAUCACUGGUGGAAUGGUGAUUCCUUGACAUGUAGUAUUACUCUAAUGAAGAAAAACAAAGUGUUUGGAGCUUUGAUAAAGUUUCAGGAUUCCUAAGGAUGCAAGGCAGCAUUUGAGAAUGUUCUAAUGCGAGUUUCUGUCACAAGCAUCGCAUCAUAUGCAGUAGUAGAUCUGUUCACUAAAUUUGCCUUUUUUCCCUCAUUACCUUUGCUUAAGAUAGUUUUUCAGAAUAAAACACUUUCAUUCAGGCAUACAUCCAAAUGAACACUGAGUUUGUAAUUUUGUUUUGAUGCCUCCUGGUGGCAAAAAUCAGUCACUACACUUUGUUUGAUCAUUGUCAAACAAAAAGGUCAUAUAAGUAUCCAAACAAAGUAAAAUGAACACCUUUUCACUUUCUUUAUUGCAUUUACAUUAUUUGGCACUCUCUUGAUUGAUGUGAAUUCAUUAAGAGAGUUCAACUCAGCUCUUGUUUUCUUUAAACCAACAGCCCAGAGGCAUCUAAACUGAUUUAUUAACAGCUUUUAUGAGGAAGUCCUGCCUUUGUUUCUGUGUGCCCUUAUAAUGUGGUGGAACAAUGAUCUUUAUUGCAAUAAAGUGCUAGAAUGCAAAAA